AUGACCCUGAUCCUGAACAUAGAUUUAACAAGCAUUUCUCGUAGAAAUAUAAUGACUCGCUUCCACUAAUAAAAUAAAUAUAAUACGAAAAAGAAUAAAUUCAUUGUGGAAUAAGAAUUAAGAAGUGGCAAAAAUUAAUCUGAUUCUAAUUUAGCUGGAUAAAGUUUAAAAAGAAAUCAAACAAAAGCUAGCAUCUCAAUGAAAACAAACCACUAUUUAAACACAAUAAAGGAUACUGAAGGCUCAUUUCAAACUUCUAGCAUAUAUGAAGGAUAAGACAUGAACUAUGAACCUUUUCUUAUAGAUUUGAUAAAACUCUCUGAACUUGAAGAGAAGCUUUUAUGGAUAGUUGAUUUUGCAUUUAAGGGAGAUGAAGUAGGUUAUCCUAGUUUUUAAAGUUAUUGGGAAAUCCUCUUUGAAUUAAAACUUGAAAAACUUCAUACAUUAUUCAGUAACCCAGAGUGGAAAGAAAAUAUAGAUUUUGCAUUACUCCUUAAUAUUUCGAGCAUUGCAUUUUUCUAAUGUAUUUCUUUAAAACUUCACGAAAAUCCUAUGCUUAUUUAAACUGUUCUCUUCUCGAAAGUAUUGAGUGAUAUGAGAAACAUCUUAGAGCAAAUUUAUUAAACUCUCCUAAUCCUUAUGAGCUAAAUUUUAGGCAAAGUUCCCUAAGAAAACAGAGGCAAUAUGUGGUAUCAAAGCAUAGAAAAAACUAUUAAGAUUAAAAAAAUAAGAAAUAUAAAAAAGGAUGAUUUGUUUGACAUUAAAAAAAAUAAUUAACUUGUUGAAUCUUAUUUAAAGUCAGUUUUAAGGGAAUUUUAGAAGCAAUUUUUACUAGAAAAUAGUGAAAUCGAAAGAAUAAAACCAAUUUUCUCAGUCAUUAGCUUUUGCUUGAGAGAAAGAAAUAAUAUACAAUUAACGAAGUUAAGAGAAAACAUCAUCAAUGGAACAUUUUUAUCAAUUAGAUAAUAAAAUUAGCACGAAGACUCUAUAAUGAAAACAAUUUAUCAUCCCCUAGAACCUGCUUAACCCUUUUCUCCCAUAGAUCUCAUUGGCUUACCUCCUGGAGAAGAGCCCGUUUUAGAUAUUCCUUUUUUGCCACCUAGAAAUUAAUAAGAUAUUAAAAACAAGCCUUACACCUUAGUUCUUGAUUUAGAUGAAACAUUAGGACAUUAUGAUUAAGAUAAAUAAUGCUUCUUAUAAAGACCAGGUUUAAAUGAGUUUUUAGAAUCUAUGUAUAAUUAUUAUGAGUUAGUCAUAUUUACAGCAGGAUUGAAAGAUUAUGCUGAUUCAAUAAUUCCGACAUUUGACUAAAAGGGAUUAAUUAGUUAUCGCUUGUAUAGAUAGCAUUGUAAUCUUUAAGGUCUAGUUCAUAUAAAAGACUUAAAUAAUCUGGGGAGAGAUUUGUCAAAAACUAUAAUACUGGAUAAUAAUUAAUAUAAUUUUCAAUAUCAAUAAGAAAAUGCUAUAUUUGUAACUACAUGGUACAGUGAUAUGUCAGACACUGAACUUUUUGAUUUAAAGAAGGUUCUUAUAAGAUUAGCAGAAAGCAAUCCCACUGAUGUAAGAUGGGCACUUCAAAAAUAUAGAGACCACAUUAUUAGAUAAAUUUCAAAUGGAGUUAAAAAUCCUUUCCAUGCACUUUGA